AAAUAUAUCCGAAAUGUUGUUGAUACUUGUUAUGGGUUUAAUAUUUUUUAUUACUCUUUAUUACUUUUAUCAAACAAAUAAGUACAAGAUAAUUGAUGAUUAUCCUGGACCAACUCCAUUAGAGUUAUUAAAAUUUGUAUUAUUACCGAAAUCGACUGUUGACUCUUAUAAAUUCUUCGUUUCUUUAAACAACAAAUAUGGACCAGUUGUUAAAAUAUGGAUCAAACCUUUUAAACCAACACUCCUCGUUUCCGAUGAAAAAUUUAUUAAACAUAUUUUAUUAUCGAAAGAACAUGUUAAUAAAGCGAGUUUAUUUGAAUUAUUGGAAGCAUUUAUAGGAAACGGAUUACCCAUUAUGAGCGAUAAUAUUGAAGUCAAAAAAUUUUUUUUAGUAAAUUUAUGGAGACAAGAACGAAAAACGAUUUCACACGUAUUUAAUAAUCAAUUCAACAUCGAUUAUAUAUCAACAAUUAAAACACACGCCAUUAAACUGCGCGAUGCGAUUAAUGAAAAUUUAAAUCAACCCGUUGAUUUGCAAAUGUUGUUAUUAAGACAUGGAUUAAACAUUGUUUAUGGUAAAAAAUACAAUAAGUAUUUAUGCAUCAAAAAAAUUUUUUUUUUAGAAAUAUUACUUAAUGAAGAUAUUAGUAACCAAGAUGAUCGUGUAAAUCGUUAUAGCACAGCUUUGAAAACAUUUUUCGAAGUUUAUUUUGAUAGAAUCAAUUCCCCAUUGAAAAUGAACGAUAACAUAUUUAAAUUAACCAAUAAUUAUAAAAUUUGGAACAAAUGUUCUGAGGAAGCUACGGAAUUUAUUGAAAGUACUUUAAAAACAGUUGUCGAAUUAAAAAAGAAAUCGCCGAAUGAAAGUUUUCGAAAAGAUUUUAUUGAUUUACUUUUAGAAUCUGGUUUGAGUUAUGAUAGAAUUUUAGCGCAUCUUCGAACAUUUGUUGUUGCUGUAAUUAUUUACUCUUGUUACAUUAUAUUAGUUUUUAAUUAUGUUUUGAAGGGUUCCGAUACAGUUUCAGCUGCAACUGGUUUUGCUCUUUAUGAACUUGCUAAACAACCUGAAUUACAAGAAAAAAUUUUUCAGGAAUAUAUUUCGAUUGUAGGAUUCGACGAAAAGGUUUUCGCAGAAUUUAGGGAUAUUCAACAAAUGAGUUUUGCUGAUUGCGUUAUGAAAGAAAGUUUAAGACUUUAUCCUCCAGUUCCAUUUAUAUUUAGAACUUUAAUUAAACCGGCAGAAAUCGAUGAUAAAGUUCUUCCGGGUGACAUCGAUGUAACCUUUUCAAUAAUCGGGUCUCAUUAUUUAAAUUUUGAAGACCCCACAAAGUUUAAACCCGAAAGAUUUCUUCCAGAAAAUUCCACCAAAAUCCCAGCAAAUGCUUAUUUACCAUUUUCGUUGGGACCAAGAGAUUGCAUAGGUAAAAUAGUUGCAGUUGCCGAAGUUAAAUUUUUAAUUAGCUAUAUUGUGAGGCAUUUUACAUUACAUCCAAUCAAUGAUCAUAAAGCAGAUAUAGCUGGUGAAGUGGUUUUAACAAGCAAAAAUGGAUUACCAGUUAUUUUUAAAAAAAGAAUAAUUGAAUAAUCGGAAUUUUAAAUGUUCACUUCAAUUUAUGACAUGCUGUUAUAAAAAAUUUAUUAAUAAAACAAUAAAAAUCUU